CGACACAAAUUAAACACACACACACACACACACACACAUUUACACAUUGGUGCGCGCGCGCUGGAGAGUUAGGACUCCCCCCCCCUCCACCUCUCCAGCACACACACACACACACCUAUCCGCUCUGAGGAUCCGGAGAGUGUGUGCGCCAUCCAACAUGCAGAAAUGGCCACUCAUGAUGCUCUACCUGUCCAGUCUCGUGUCGAGACGGAGCCGGAUGUGAGAGACGAGCCGGAGCUGACGGAGCCGGAGCAGCCGAGGGAGCGAGAGCACGGAGCGAGGGAAGAAGGGAGCGAGCGCGCGGACGGAGGGAGUGAGGGAGGAAGGAGAGAGGGAGGAGGAGGAGGAGCGCGCAGCUCCAUGCAGUUCAGCAGCAGACCGGCGAGUGCCGAGCCGUGCUACAUGGGGACAUGGCAGCAGCAGAACACUGACACACACCUCCUGUUCAGGAUGUCCCAGCAGGCGAUACGCUGCACUCUGGUGAACUGCACCUGUGAGUGUUUCCAGCCAGGGAAGAUUCACCUGCGCACCUGUGACCAGUGCAAACAUGGAUGGGUCGCUCACGCUCUGGAUAAGCUGAGUACGCAGCACCUGUACCACCCGUCCCAGGUGGAGAUCGUCCAGUCCAACGUGGUGUUUGACAUCAGCAGUCUGAUGCUGUACGGAACACACGCACUUCCUGUCCGUCUUAAGAUCCUGCUGGACCGCCUCUUCAGUGUCCUCAAACAGGACGAGGUGCUGCACAUCCUACAUGGCCUGGGCUGGACCCUCAGAGACUACGUCCGGGGCUACAUACUGCAGGAUGCUGCAGGCAAGGUGCUGGACCGCUGGACCAUCAUGUCCCGUGAAGAGGAGAUCAUUACCCUGCAGCAGUUUCUGCGCUUUGGAGAGACCAAAUCCAUCGUGGAGCUCAUGGCGAUUCAGGAGAAGGAAGGCCAAGCGGUCACGGUGCCCUCUUCAAAGGCCGACUCCGGCAUCCGGACUUUUAUUGAAAGCAACAACCGCACUCGCAGUCCUGGCCUCCUUACACACUUGGAGAACAGUAGCCCUUCUAGUAUCCAUCAUUUUGAAAAUAUCUCCAACAGUUUGGCUUUCCUGCUGCCCUUCCAAUACAUCAAUCCUGUCUCGGCUCCCAUGUUGGGGCUGCCUCCUAACGGGCUAAACUUAGACCAAGCGGCUCUGAGGCUCCGAGAGCCGAACCUUUCCAAUCAGAGUGAACCGGUCGAGAGCAGUGAGUCAGAAGUGUCUCUGUCGCCUUUCCGAAACAGCCAGAGUCCAACCCGAGGUGCCAUAGGGACCAUUUCCAAUUCCAUUGAGCCCAAGACGGAACCUAAUGGAUCAUCACCUAUCACAACAACCCCAUCUGCACAGCAAGUCCAACAACAGCAAACACAGCAGCAGCAGCAACAGCAGCAGCAGAUCCAACAACAGCAGCAGCCCCAGAACAAUGCUGUAAAUGACCACCACUUUGUGAAAAUCGAGCAGUCAAAGAACCUUCACUCUUCCUUCUCUUCCAAGAUGCAGCGCAUGCGUCGCAUGGCUACUCCGUCACGCAAGGGUCGCGUCUGCUGCAAUGCCUGUGGCAAGACUUUCUACGACAAGGGCACUCUGAAGAUCCACUAUAAUGCUGUACACCUGAAGAUCAAGCAUCGCUGCACGAUUGAGGGAUGCAACAUGGUCUUCAGCUCCCUGCGUAGCCGCAAUCGCCACAGCGCCAAUCCCAACCCUCGCCUCCACAUGCCUAUGCUGAGAAACAACCGAGAUAAGGACCUCAUUCGCUCCACUUCUGGAUCAGCCACCCCGGUCAUCUCCAGUACCAAGAGUGUAUUUACUCUAACGAGUCCCGGACGGCCUCCACUAGGCUUUGCAACUCCUCCUCUCGAUCCAAUGAUGCAGUCCCCCCUUCAGAGUCCUCUGGUCUUCCCGUCCUUGAAGUCUGUGCAGCCAGUACAACCCAUACCACCUUUCUACCGCAACUUGCUUUCUCCUGCUGACAUUGUGAGCCCUCCGGUGUCCCUUCCCACCAGUCCGAUUUUACCCACUACCACUAACAGCACCUCCAUCAUGGACCAACAGCAGCAGAUCUUAGCUGCCAGCUCCAACAAUAGCCACAUGUCUGAGACGGGAACUUUGUCUCACCAUCUUUCCACCACCUCAAGUGCUCCAGAGCCCAUUAACAUCGACCCUAUGCCCAAGAAGAAACCUCGCAAGUCCAGCAUGCCUGUCAAGAUCGAGAAAGACCGAGAGGUACCGGAGGAUUAUGAUGACAAAGACGACGACAAUGAUGAUGACAGUUGCCAUCAUCGUCACCCUGCCUCUCACCUCCACAAUAAUAUCAAUGGAAACUGCAACAACAACAACAAUAGCAGCAGCGGGCAUCAGUCGCCCUCCCAGGAUGAGAUGACGGAAGGCACCAGUGAGCUGCGCUGCAUGGACAGUUUCACCUCCGAGGACCAGGACCAUGAGCGUGACUUUGAGAAUGAGUCAGAGACUUCUGAGUCCAAGAUGUUCUACCGCGAUGAGCCAAUGGAUGCUGAAGAGCAUCACCACACCUCCAGGAGAAAUAUGGACAGAGAAAAGGAUGACAGAGACGAAGAUGGACAUCUCCAUAAAGAGAUGGAAGAAAAGAGAUGCAUCUCACCGUCCCCACAUCAACCAGUCAUCAAAGUCAAAGAAGAGCUCAAUGAUCCUACCUACGACAUGUUCUGCAUGGGGCAGUACAACCUGUACAACGGCGGAAUGGCCGCCGCAGCUGCCGCCGCCGCCAGUAUGGCCGCCUUGCACGAGAGCUUCAUCUCCUCCAUGGGUUAUGAAUCGAGUUCCCCGAAAUUUCACUCCCAGUCUCCAGAGGGCGAUCUCUGCUCCAGCCCUGACCCUAAAAUCUGCUAUGUCUGCAAGAAGAGCUUCAAGAGCUCCUACAGUGUCAAACUGCACUACAAAAACGUGCACCUAAAAGAGAUGCACGUCUGCACGGUGGCCGGAUGCAACGCUGCUUUCCCUUCCCGACGAAGCCGAGACAGGCACAGCUCCAACAUCAACCUCCACCGCAAACUUCUGACCAAAGAACUGGACGACUUCGUCCUCGACCCCCAGCUCAUGCCGCUGCCCCGGGACAUGCGUGCCGAGCUAGCGGCCAAAAUCUACUCCGGACACCGACACGAGGACCCCGUGUCCCCCCUAGGCAACGGUUACCGUGGCGAUGGCGAUUACGCAGCGCUAGACCUGAGCACGGCGUCGAGCGUCCACUCCAGCGGCAGCGUCCAGUCCUCGCGCGACUCGGACGAGGCCAGCGACGAGGGCGUGCUCCUGGACGAGCUGGACAUUAGUGAGGGAGAGGAAGCGGGGCCCGGGUUAGGUGAAGGGGCGGGGCUGGUGACUUCCGACCCCGCCUCCUCGCCGUCGGCGGCCGUUAACGGCGGCAUCCUGUGUGGCAUCUGCCACAAAAUGUACAGCAACAAAGGGACACUGCGAGUGCACUACAAAACCGUCCACCUGCGAGAGAUGCACAAGUGCAAAGUGCCCGGGUGCAACAUGAUGUUCUCGUCCGUCCGCAGCCGGAACCGACACAGUCAGAACCCCAACCUGCACAAAAACACACCCUUCAUCUCCAUGGUCGACUAGCCCCGCUUCUCCUUCCUCAGAGACACGCCCACUUCCCCACACACUCCGCCCACAUCCCUGCAUUUCGGUGUCCGAACGCGUCGCGGGUCCCGUCAUGUGACGAUCGGAUGAUACUCUCGCGUCCCGUCACGUCACGCCUCCCUUUCUGACUUUUUGUUUUUUUUCUUUCUUCUUUGGGAGAACUCGGACGGAACGUUUCCUCUCUCUCUCCGUUCGCUCGAUUCCGAAACGGCCGCUCCGAUCCUUUUCUCUUGUGUUUUCCGACUCCAUCGAAGUUCCUCAGACUCUGUAUGUGUGACUGUUGCCUGCAGAAAUGGUAUAACUGAAAAAAAAGAAAAAAAAAGAAGAAGAAUAAUACAAGAAAAAAACGUCUCCUUGUUGUAUUUGUGUAACGAUAGCUUUACGAAGAAAAAAAAAAGAAUCCCGUA